UUAUUUUCUCUUUCAUCAAUAAAAAAUGUCUAAUAACACAACCUCCCAUUUCACCAGAUUCUCUUCCCUUUCCCUCUCAAAUAUAAUAACCUUGUUAGUUGAUAAUUAAAUGAGUAUUAUCCACCCAGAAAUUAAGAAAACAAUGAUUUUUAUCAAUUAAUAUUUACAAAUCAAAAAAUCCAACAAAUAAAAGCCAAAAAUCAGAUUACCCAACUCAUUUUCUGACAUUCCCAUAUCUUUGUUCCAUUCCUUUACAUCUGACAUUCUUCGUUUCUUUUCUUUACCAUGCAUUGCCUUGAUGUUCAUCAUAUUAAAGCAAUUGCUUUAAAAUUCAUUGAUUUUGGGUUAGUGGGUGGUUAAUUAUGGAAUCUCAUAUUCUUAAGACUAUUUUAUAAUUUUUAAAGAAUAUUAUUGAAUGCCAGGAUUAUGCUGGUUUCUUUAUGACAUUAUAAACAAGUUUUCAUGGUUUUAGCUUAUUGUCAAGGGAGGCUAGAGAUGACCACCCAUCAAGGAAAAGUAGAUUUUACCAAUAAAAAUUUAGGAAAUGUUGAUUCAAAUAGUCAUAUAAAAGGUACAGGUUUUUCUCUGUAUGAACUCUUGCAGGCAGAAAGACUCCAAUCCGAGAAAGAAGAAGCAGAAAGACAACCAAAAGAAAAACAAAACUCCGGAAAACCAUCAGAAGAAAAACAAUCAAAGGAAAAAAGACACUUUGGAAAAUCGUCAGCAGAAAAACAAUCAAAGGAUAAGCAAAACUCUGGAAAAUCAUCAGCAGAUAAACAAUCAAAGGAUAAUCAACACUCUGGGAAACCACCGGUACAAAAACAAACAAACGAAAAGCUAAUAUCUGCGGCAGAAAAGGAAUCAAAGGAAAAGCAACACUCUAGAAAAUCAUCAGUUGAAAACAGCAAACUGAGAAGGGAAAAUCCUGAGACUCAAAAGAAGUUAGAGCAAUUGUUGUCCCAUGCUGGAAAUAAAUACUGUGCGGACUGUGGAUCCCCAGAACCAAAAUGGGUGUCUAUGGGUGUUGGGGUAUUCAUCUGUAUCAAGUGUUCUGGUAUACACAGAAGCCUUGGAGUACAUGUAACAAAGGUCUUAUCUGUGAAGUUGGAUGAUUGGACAGAGGAACAAGUAGAUACCCUUGCAGAAAUGGGAGGAAAUUUAGUUGCCAACAAAAAGUAUGAAGCCUAUAUCCCUGGAAACAUAGUGAAACCCAAACCAGAUUCCUCCAUCGAGGAGCGCUCCGAUUUUAUCCGACGGAAGUAUGAUAUACAGCAGUUUUUAAACUCAGCUGAGUGCAUGAUAUAUCCAUUUCCACGCCCUAUAAGUUCGUCAAACUAUCGGAGUCCAUCAGGCAAGAAUCUAGUUCUAGCCCUUGAUAAGAAGCAUAUAGACAAACAAGUAAGCACACUUCGUAUUUCAGGAAUUGGGCAUGUGUUUCGUAAUAGCUGCAGCAGCUGGAAAAGAAGAGAUGAGAUCAGAAACUCCAAAAGGGGUGAUUUAACGCCAGGCAUGAUCGAAUUUGUUGGACUGAUUAAAGUAAAUGUGGUAAGAGGCACCAACCUGGCUAUCCGAGAUAUGGUAUCUAGUGAUCCAUAUGUUAUCCUUUCUCUGGGACAACAAUCAGUAAAGACUCGUGUUAUAAAAAACAACUUGAAUCCUGUGUGGAACGAAAAGCUGAUGCUGUCGAUUCCUGAUUGUGUGCCUCCCCUUAAAUUGCUUGUGUAUGACAAAGAUACGUUCACCACGGACGACUUCAUGGGGCAAGCUGAAAUCGACAUCCUACCCCUAGUUUCUGCUGCAAGGGAUGCGGAGCAAUCAGCACAGAACGAGAAAACACAGCUCGGAAAGUGGGAAGCGAGCAAAGAGAAUACGCUCACAAGCGACAGCAUAAUCUCCCUUAUAGAUGGAGCAGUAAAACAGAAAAUGACAAUCAAAUUGCAGAAUGUAGAACGAGGAUUUCUAGACCUCGAGCUCGAAUGUGUACCUCUCACACAAUGAUCUAUAAGAGAUAUCGAGAAAUACUUAGACUGUUUACAACAAUGUUGCUUGCUCGAGAAUAGAAUGUAAGGAUAUAAAAUACAUGUUUGUAGAGUAAAAAUCUUAUGACCCAUGAACUAUAGAGGAAAAUGGGGUGACCCUUCAAAUAUACAGGACAGCUAGCUAUAAACUUACUUACCAUAUUUUGUACAUCCCUCUUUUUUGUUAUUAGUAUUUGGUAUGAAGUAAUCCUAGUACAUAACAUUGUUGAUUAGAAGUUACAUAUACAUAUGUUAUUGUAACAACCAUGUAUAUUGAAUUUGAAACUUCCAAGAAUGGAUCACAUUUUGUUCC